AUGGAUGACACUUUGUCUUACUCAGGAGCCAUAUCUGACAUAGGUGACGUAGGAACAGGGAUACAGUCUUUCAACUACGUCACUGACUCCACCAACGUCAACAUCCUCAACGUGGGCGCCCACUCCGUGGUGCAUUAUGGGAUACCUGAAGAACAACCACCUGUCGAACACGAGGAUCCUAUCCCCGUUCUGUGCAUCGUGCACAAGCCGGUUGGUCCAAUCCUGUCCACCCGUAGAAGGUCACGUGAUCCGGACCCCAAGGCAGACUGUCGUCUAUUGGUCGGCGUCAAGCAUGACGUCAGCAGUAAUGAGCUCAUGGCCUUGUCCUUCAGCGAGAACCUGUCGAACGGCAUUGUGGGAACGGAUAUCAAUGACCCGUCGCGCCAGUAUCUUAUAGAUUUGACUUCCAUCAGUAACAUGUCUACUGAUGACCACUGCGACAGACCCUCCCGGUGUCUGUACUGCCCUUUAGUCCCUGACCCGUCACAAAUCACACUCACCAGAAACGUCUGCGGCUUCUGGCUACGAUUCUUCGGACCAGCCACCACCUUCGACGUAUCCUUGGGCCUCCGAGUCGCCAAACUUCGGAGCGACGACGACACGUUGCCGAAAACACCCGAACACACGACGACCGAUUCGGAGACCAUAGAACUCGUUGACGAAGUUACGAUCAGCAUCGAAACGUGCAGCGUGCGCAGGAGACGAAAAAACAACUCAGAAAGAGAAGUCAGGGACGAAGAUGGCGAAGUUCGGAAGGCUACAAGAUGGAAAGAUGUUUGGAUCCGUGGAUCGAAAGAGGUGACAGACAGCUCAGGUGACCUCGUUCCCAGAGUGAUGAAUCGGACAAAACGAACAGGCAGCCUCAAGACGAAAUCGUAUGGUCAGAUCUUGGGUCGUCUGGAAAUGUUGGGGGAAGAGGGGAACUGGGCAGAAUUUGACUAUUUCUCCGCUCAUCUGGUGAAAACAUACGAGCGGAAAGAUGUGGACUUGUACCUAGUGGUCGCGUUGGAGCAAGCCUUUGCGGAGUACUACAAGCGUAACCUCGGUGCAGCGGUGACCAUCACCAAAGGUGCACUGAAGACGCUGAAGAAGAGGCCAGCCGACAACACCAACAUGCUGGCCGGGCGCGCGUACUACCUGCUCUCCGCUAUCUACCAGGUAGCCCGGAAGUACGGAGUGGCCGAGAGGUGUAUGGAGCACGCACAGCAGGCUUUGUCAGACUUUGAGAUCGGCGAGGAUACAGGUAACGCCUGUUACAACAAAGGAUCCCUGUACACUGACAUCAUAGCGAACGAUAGCUGCCCUUCAGACAGGAUGUUCGAUGAGGUCCGAGAAAGCCUAGAGUUGGCGAUCUGCCAUUGGCGGAAGGACCCCUCGGGGUGCGUGGCCCACCAGAGGCGAGCUCACACGAAGUUGGCUUCGGCUCUCCUCGUCUGCGACACCCAGCAAGGUCGGGCACGAAACGUCAACCCGAGAAAUGUCGAGGCCGCCCGAAGGAGCAUCGAGACGGUUCGCAAGGAGUUGUGGCAGGGGAUGCCGAAGCGAGGGCGAUGUCGCUUUCUUCUGACCGAGUCGGAUCUGUACUACAGAGAAGAGGGCUUCACCCUCUCACAGGAGAAGGCCCACGAAGCGCGGAAUCUUGCUACGCAGUGCGGGUUCAAACUUGAAGCAGAAAUGGCGGAUCAGCGAUUGGUGCAUCUUGCCAGUUGCCAACGCUCACCAGUUCCGACACGUACCACAAGUCAGCUGCUGAACGGCGUCACACUGGCCGAUUCGACUAUGGGGUCAUCCAUGGCUUCUCGGGACUCUUCAUCUGAACAACUAGGAUAAGUUGAUGAACGCCAGGGUUUAUGAGGAACAGAAGAAUUGUACAUAUAAGCAUUAUAUAUAGAUGUAUUCCUUUUUAUGUAUGGGAGAGGCUACAUGUAAGAGAAGACAGGGUGCAUAUUACGACAGUAGUUCCAAUAGCCUGUCGCUAAAGCUCACGACCACAUAAAGAGAGGGGCUCACCCUUGCCACAAGCAAAUCGUCUUGUGCCUAUUUAUGGAAAACAGGGUACUUUU